AUGGAUUUGUUUAACUUCGAUGGUUUGCCCAAGUCGCCUCGGUGUCUAGUCGAUGACCCUCUCCCUUACACCGCCACUUCUGACUCCUUGCUUGAACCGUCUCUCGCUGGCAACAACUUCGCAGACUCUGCUGGUCACGGAGAUUCGUGUGCAGUAGGCCAUGGACUCAGGGGGUCUGAUGCGCUUGACGUGACCUAUCUGCCAACCCAGCCGCAUAUCGCCUAUCCGGUCACCUUACCUGCCCCUUGUUCUUCACAAGCGCUCCCCUCUACCACAUCUGGCCCUGCAGGCAUUGCACCAGCCAUCAUCGAGGCUGGGCAGAACAUCCACAAAGGAGCCUCUGUGUCGGAGGCACCGCAGCCAUCUGGAGGACAUGCAGCGCAUCAAGACUCGCAUCGCCCGGCCAGCAAGAGUCCCUCGCCCCCACCACCGCCCCCACCACCUCCGCAGGCACCACCAUCGCCGACGCAGCUAUCCCAGAGGUCGCAGAAGAAGCCUCGGACACGCUUCACAUCAGGUGAACUCUAUGAGCUCGCCAAGAAGACCGUCGACGUCAAUCCGUACGGCAAGCCUCACGGCAAGGUCACACAGGCCUGGAUGCAGAUUGCAGAGCACCUUCACGCCCGUGGAAUGUUUGAACAUAGCAGUGUGCAAACAAUCAAGAACAAGAUGAACGCUAUGGUCGCGUAUCAUCAGGGCACGGCACAGAGUGUUAGCCAUGACAUACAGUCCGUACUCGAUGGUGUGGGUGGGGUCAGCUUCGGCGCCAUCCUUGACACAGCCGUCUCGCAGAAGGAGGAGGCUCGUGACAUGAACAGUAAGUCAAAGGCUCAAAACGAAAAGAAAAAAGCAAAGGAUCGUGAAGGUGGUGCACACAUCCGCGCCGCUGCCAUGAAGACUUUGAAGUGGCGUAGGUCUGACACCCCAUCAGACUCAAACGACGGCACAAACUCGGAGAACGACCUGUCGGUUCGCGGUGAACAUUCGGAAGCCGACCACAGCGACGUCAGCAAGGAGGUCGGCGAGCAACCUUUGUCGAAGCGACAACGUACGGACGAGAAGACCCACGAACUGCUCCGCGAGAUCGUCAACAUCACAUCCACUAAUUUUCACCAUCUUGAGACUAUCCAGGCGCAAACUGUUUCUGAGAUCCGGCGUUUUGUAGAUGUGCAGGAGCAUGGGAACACUAUUGUUGUCGCUGCUAUCGAAGGCCUCGCAGACCAAUCGAGUUCGUCUCUUCGUUCUGACAGUUCGCAGCCGGAUGCUGGUGUAGGUGGUGAUUGGCCUGAUGAUAAGGAAGUGUAA